GGGCAGGAAAAGCUAGGGAAGGCUGCAUUCUUCCUAUUUAAAGCUGCAACACUUCAAAAAAGGUCUUGUUUGCAGACUUUGUCUUGGAGCUCACAAGGAAGAAACAUAUAGUGAUAGCUUAAUGGUGCUAAGAAGAUCCUAACAAAAAGGAGUGCCACAUGUCUAGCAAGCAGACAUUAUGAAUUUAAUACAGAAAGGGAAUUUGAUAGCUUUUACACUUUUAAUAGGGCACUUUCUAGCUGUACAAGCUCAGGAUGAAGAAAGUGGAGAAGUUGAAGGCAUUGUCUGCAAACAGGGUGAUAACAUUUACAUGAACCAAGAUGUUUGGAAACCAACUCUAUGCCAAAUCUGUGUAUGCGACAAUGGUGCCAUCUUGUGUGAUGAAGUUCAAUGCCACAAUGUCGUAGGAUGUGAAAAUCCUGAGAUCCCUCCCGGAGAAUGCUGUCCAGUCUGUAGAAGCACUUCCGGAGGUCGCACAAGUGUUGAGGGUAGAGGACUAAAGGGUCAAAAAGGAGAACCUGGUGAUGUUCCCGCUGUGUCUGGAAUUCGAGGGCGCCCAGGACCUGCUGGUCCACCUGGUUCCCAAGGACCAAGAGGAGACCGAGGCCCAAAGGGUAAACCUGGUGCACGAGGUCCUGCUGGAAUAGAUGGAGAACCUGGUAUUCCUGGACAGCCUGGCGAGCCUGGCCCUCCUGGGCACCCUUCCAUUCCUGGAACUCAUCCAUUAUCUUCUCAAAUGCAAGGUGGAUUUGAUGAAAAAUCUGGACUUGGAUCUCAGGUUGGACUGAUGCCUGGUUCAGUGGGACAAGUUGGACCAAGAGGUCCACAGGGUUUACCAGGCAGCCCAGGUAGCAUGGGACCUCCUGGACCUCCAGGAGAAACAGGUGAACCAGGCUCUAUGGGUCCAGUUGGUCCACGAGGCCCAGAAGGACCUUCAGGAAAACCAGGGGAAGAUGGUGAAGCAGGAAGGCCAGGACAAACAGGUGAAAUAGGAUUUCCAGGAUCGGCAGGAGCUAGAGGAUUUCCUGGUGCUCCAGGACUCCCCGGACUCAAAGGACAUAGAGGUCAUAAAGGACUGGAUGGCCCAAAAGGAGAGCUCGGAGCAGCAGGAGCAAAGGGUGAAAAUGGUCCUCCUGGUCCAAUGGGUUUAAAUGGCCCACCGGGACCAAGAGGAAUGCCUGGAGAAAGGGGACGUAUUGGACCUCAAGGUACACCUGGUGCAAGAGGUGCCAAUGGACUUGUGGGACCAGCUGGAGCAAUAGGUCCAAUAGGCUUGAGUGGUGCCCCUGGAUUUCCUGGUAUCCCUGGUAUGAAGGGUGAAGCUGGUCCAACAGGUGCACGUGGUCCUGAAGGUCCUCAAGGUCCAAGAGGUGAAACUGGUUCACAAGGACCUGCUGGAUCACAAGGUCUCCUGGGUACACCAGGAACUGAUGGAACUGGCGGAGCUAAAGGACCAACUGGAGGUCCUGGUGUUGCUGGUCCACCUGGACUUAUAGGACCACCUGGAUCUCCUGGACCUCAAGGAGGUACCGGACAACCUGGUAUCAGAGGCUCAGUGGGUGAUCCUGGUGUCCCUGGUUUUAAAGGUGAAGCUGGACCCAAAGGUGAACCGGGUCCACAUGGUCCACAAGGUCCAACAGGUCCUCAAGGAGAAGAAGGUAAAAGAGGCCCCCGUGGAGAUCCAGGAUCAAUAGGCCCUCCAGGACCGGUUGGAGAAAGGGGUGCCCCAGGUAAUCGUGGGUUUCCUGGAUCUGAUGGGUUAACUGGACCGAAGGGUGCUCAAGGAGAACGAGGAGUCGCAGGGGUUUCAGGCCCUAAAGGAACUAAUGGAGACCCUGGUCGUCUUGGAGAACCCGGUCUUCCUGGUGCUAGAGGUCUAACCGGAAAUCCUGGAGUCCAAGGUCCAGAAGGCAAACCAGGACCAGUGGGAGCUCCUGGAGAAGAUGGUCGCACUGGUCCACCUGGUCCAAUUGGAAUACGUGGGGAAACUGGAACUAUGGGGCCUGCUGGUCCAAAAGGCAACAGUGGAGACCCUGGAAAGCCUGGGGAGCAAGGCAGUGCCGGUGUACCUGGACAAAGAGGAGCUCCGGGAAAAGAUGGAGAAGUUGGUCCUUCUGGCCCUGCUGGACCUCUAGGUCCUGCUGGUGAAAGAGGUGAACAAGGACCUCCAGGCCCUACUGGAUUUCAGGGUUUACCAGGUCCACCUGGGCCUCCUGGAGAAACAGGGAAGCCAGGAGAUGAAGGCGUACCUGGAGAUUCUGGAGCUGCAGGCCCACUUGGUCCAAGGGGAGAGCGUGGUAAUCCUGGUGAAAGAGGAGAACCUGGAGCUUCAGGACUACCUGGUGAAAAGGGUAUGGCUGGUGGUCAUGGACCUGAUGGACCAAAGGGAAAUCCUGGUCCACCUGGCACCCCUGGUGAUGUUGGACCUCCUGGUCUUCAAGGUAUGCCUGGAGAAAGGGGCAUCGCUGGAACACCAGGUCCAAAAGGUGACAGGGGAGGUAUAGGUGAAAAGGGUUCUGAAGGAACUGCUGGUAAUGAUGGUGCAAGAGGUCUUCCAGGACCUCUUGGUCCAGCAGGUGCAGCAGGUCCAGCAGGUGAAAAGGGUGAACCAGGACCAAGAGGUGUAAUGGGACCAGCUGGAUCACGUGGAACACCUGGUUCUAGAGGUGAAAAUGGCCCCACAGGUCCUGUUGGCUUUGCUGGACCUCCGGGACCUGAUGGACAACCUGGGGUAAAAGGAGAACCUGGAGAGCCUGGUCAAAAGGGUGAUGCUGGAUCUCCUGGUCCACAAGGCCUGUCUGGAUCUCCUGGUCCACAUGGACCUCAUGGUGUGCCUGGACUGAAGGGUGGUAGAGGAACCCAAGGGCCCCCUGGAGCAACAGGAUUCCCUGGAUCUGCUGGAAGAGUUGGCCCGCCUGGUUCCCCUGGAGCCGUUGGUCCUCCUGGUCCCAUUGGUGAUCCAGGAAAGGAAGGUCCACCAGGUCUACGUGGUGAACCCGGUGCUCAUGGAAGAAUUGGAGACAGAGGUCCUUCUGGCCCAUCUGGUAGUCCUGGUGAUAAAGGAGAUCCUGGAGAUGAUGGACAGCCAGGUCCUGAUGGCCCACCAGGUCCAUCUGGAACAACUGGUCAAAGGGGUAUAGUUGGAAUGCCCGGUCAAAGGGGAGAAAGAGGGAUGCCUGGACUUCCAGGGCCAGCUGGGUCUCCAGGAAAACUAGGUCCUACUGGAUCCUCAGGAGAAAAAGGUCCAUCUGGUCCUAUUGGUCUUCCUGGUGCUAAUGGUCCUGUUGGUGAGCCAGGUGCAGAGGGUCCACCUGGAAAUGACGGUGCACCUGGACGUGAUGGAGCUCUAGGAAAGCGUGGAGAUCGUGGUGAUCCAGGGCCUGAGGGUCUAGCAGGAGCUCAAGGUGCUCCAGGAACACCAGGACCUGUUGGUGCACCAGGGGAAGCAGGACCAAGAGGUGCACCAGGUUCUCGUGGACCAAUGGGUCCCCCAGGAAGAGCUGGAAAACGAGGCUAUCAGGGACCACAAGGACCUCAAGGUGAUAAAGGAGACAAUGGUGAACGUGGAGAAAGAGGACAAAAGGGUCAUCGAGGUUUCACUGGUUUGCAAGGUCUUCCAGGUCCUCCAGGUCCUAUUGGUGAACAAGGAGCAACUGGACUUCCUGGACCUUUUGGUCCCAGAGGCCCUCCAGGUCCAGUUGGACCUCCUGGUAGGGAAGGUAAUCAAGGAGCUAAUGGACCAAUUGGACCUCCUGGUGUUCGAGGGACUUCUGGAGAAGUAGGCCCAGAGGGACCUCCUGGUGAUGCUGGCCCACCUGGUCCUCCUGGUCCUCCAGGACUUCUCACAGCUGCUCUAGAUGAUUUAAUGGGGGGCUACGAUGAUACUGUGCCAGAUCCACUUCCAGAAUUUACUGAUGAUGAAGCUGUUGAUGAUGCUAAAAAGAAUGAUCCGGGGGUUCAAGCAACCCUGAAAUCCCUCAGUAGCCAAAUUGAAACAAUGCGCAGUCCUGAUGGCUCCAAGAAGAAUCCAGCACGUACAUGUGAUGAUUUAAAACUUUGUCAUCCAACAAAGAAAAGUGGAGAAUAUUGGAUAGAUCCAAAUCAAGGAUGUUCAGAAGAUGCCAUUAAGGUUUACUGUAAUAUGGAAACUGGAGAGACCUGCAUAUCUGCAAAUCCUUCCAAAAUACCUAUUAAGACUUGGUGGACUGGCAAAAGUGGAGAUAAUUUCAAGCCCAUAUUUUAUGGUGUGGAUAUGAACAGAGGAUCUCAGUUUGUCUAUGGAGAAAGUGAUUCGCCUAAUACAGCUGUGACUCAAAUGACCUUUUUGCGUCUUCUGUCAAAAGAAGCUUCACAAAAUAUUACCUAUUACUGUAAAAAUACAGUGGGAUUCUUAGAUGAAAAAAAUCACAAUUUAAAAAAAGCUGUAAUACUCAAAGGUGCUAAUGAUCUUGACAUUAGAGCAGAAGGAAACAGCCGCUUCAGAUACACUGUUUUAGAAGACACUUGUUCGAAGCGCAGUGGAAAUAUCGGUAAAACUGUGUUUGAGUACAGGACCCAGAAUGUGAAACGUUUGCCUAUUAUUGAUAUUGCUCCUGUGGACAUCGGAGGUGCAGACCAAGAAUUUGGAGUUGACAUUGGGCCAGUCUGCUUUUUGUAAAUCACACCAACAAACAACCUAAGAACUUAAACUGACUGAAGUUAUCCUGAGACUCUUGAAAACUGUAGCUGUCUGUGCUCCAGCACUGUACAUACAGUUGUUCAUUAUUUUCCCUUUUUUAUUAACUUCUUGGCCUUCCUUAAAAAUAUUUAUUUUUCAUUUUUUAAACCAUCUGAAGAGCAGGAAGAUAAUACACGAAUCAAUAUUUUUAUAGUGUUCCAUAUGUUUGCUCUCCAUUUAAAAAAUCUGACAAAUUGAGAAAAAAGGGGUAAAAUAAUCAUGAUUUUUCUAUGUAUGCCAAGUACCUUAAAGGUUUAAAAACAAAUUGAAUUGUUCCAGUUUGAUGGACUUCUGCUUUCCAACAUUUUGGGAUGAAUUCAUCAAGCUUUACAUGUUUGCCAUGUUUAUUUUUAAAUUGUGAGGUAAGCUAACGUUAUUAAAAGUUCUAAAGUUAUGAUUAGAUAAUUUAUGAUGUCUGGUUUAUCAGUAUUGGGCUUUAGUUACAAUUUGAAGCUCAAAUGUACUGUACAUAUUAAAUAGAAAUUGCUUACAAAGGGUUACAAAGCUUGAUGGGUUUCCCAUUUUGGUUUUCAGUUGAUUGUAAUUUUUCAGAUAUUUCUUUAGAAUUUGCAUACUUGCAUUGCUGUACUGCAAAGAGUAAAACAAAAAAAUAUUUAUUUACAAGGUACAGUAUAAAAACUAUAUAUUUUUUUCAAGUCUUCAUUAUGUUGAUAUUGUGUGCCAAACUAUACUUCUCACAAGCAUAUGUUACUGUUAGCAUUUAGGCAAGUACCAUAAAUUGUAUGCAGAAAACUGUUAUGUACAGAAUAUGAACAAUAUUUCCAUUUUACCCUCAAAUUGUCAGGUGCAAAAGGAUUCGGUUUCUUAGCAUAAGCUACCUCAUCUCCAGAUGCUGGGAUGCAUAUACAAUAGUUGUAUUUCUUCUUCAAUAUUAAAAGGUGCUAUGCUUUUAUUGUUCUUCAGAGAAUGGGGAAAGUUACUAUACAUGCUUGAUGGUGCUAAAAUUCCUUUUGUAAAAUCCUGAAUAAAUAAAAAUUCAUAGCUGCCCAUAAAUAUUAUUUUAUAAGUGGGUUUACUGUGCAUUUUAAUAAUCUAAUUUCCUUUGCAGCUAAACAAAAUGCAGAAGGCAUUGGAUGUAAACAGGAAUAUACCAUUAGCUAUAACCAUGUAUCUUUGAAAAUUUUUAUUUACGUCUCAUUUGUUGGUGAGUGUGGAAUAAAAGAAAAAUAUGACAAAGAAAAGCAAUGUAAAUUCCACAAUUUAUUAAACUGCAGCCAUA